AUGCUUACAAAGUUUGAAACUAAGUCGGCGAGGGUGAAAGGUAUAUCCUUUCAUGCGAAGCGGCCAUGGGUUUUGGCUAGUUUACACAAUGGCGUGAUACAGCUAUGGGAUUAUCGUAUGUGUACUUUGUUGGAGAAAUUCGAUGAGCAUGAUGGUCCUGUACGUGGAAUAUGCUUCCACAUUCAACAACCACUCUUCGUGUCCGGUGGCGACGAUUAUAAGAUCAAGGUAUGGAACUACAAGCAAAGGCGUUGUCUAUUUACCCUGUUGGGACAUUUGGACUACAUACGCACAACAUUCUUUCAUCACGAAUAUCCAUGGAUUUUGAGUGCUUCCGACGACCAGACCAUAAGAAUAUGGAACUGGCAAUCUAGACAGUGCAUCAGUGUCCUUACUGGCCAUAAUCAUUAUGUGAUGUGUGCACAAUUCCACCCGACAGAAGACCUUCUGGUUUCCGCCUCUUUGGACCAAUCUGUUAGAGUUUGGGACUUCUCAGGUCUUAGAAAGAAGAGCGUAGCUCCAGGACCCACAGGGCUCGCUGAACAUUUGAGAAACCCGCAGGCUACGGACCUCUUUGGGCAGCAACUAAUAUUGCAGGCGGACGCCGUCGUCAAACAUGUGCUGGAGGGCCACGACCGUGGAGUAAACUGGGCCUCCUUCCACCCAAGCCUGCCGCUUAUAGUGUCAGCCGCUGACGACCGACAGGUCAAACUCUGGAGGAUGAACGAUGCCAAGGCCUGGGAGGUGGACACGUGUCGAGGCCACUACAACAACGUCUCCUGCGUGCUGUUCCAUGCGAGGCACGAGCUGAUCCUCUCCAACAGCGAGGACAAGUUCAUCCGGGUCUGGGACAUGACCAAGAGGACUUGCUUGCACUCCUUCCGGAGGGAACAUGAGAGAUACUGGGUACUAGCUGCACACCCAACACUGAAUCUAUUCGCGGCUGGUCAUGACGCGGGUAUGGUGCUGUUCAAGCUGCAGCGAGAGAGGCCUGCCUACGCCGUCCAUAAUAACAUGCUUUUCUACAUCAAGGACAGACAACUGCGCAAGUUGGAUAUGGCGACCAAUCGCGACGCGCCCGUGAUGCAGAUCAAAGGAGGCGGCCGCAACCAGCCUUACAGUAUGUCCCUGAACCACGCGGAGUGGUGCGUGCUAGUGACGUGGCGCGCGGGCGACUCCAGCACGUACGAGCUGUACGCGGCGCCGCGCGACGGGGCCGACGGCGCCGGGGCCGCCGGGGCCGCCGGGCCCGUCGGCGCCGAGCCCUCGCGCGGACAGGCCACCACCGCCGUCUGGGUCGCCAGGAACAGGUUCGCCGCGCUCGAGAAGAACAAUCAGUUGGUAAUCAAAAACCUGAAGAAUGAAGUAUCAAAGAAAAUAUCCACGCCGACAUGUGAGGAGAUCAUGUACGCGGGCACCGGCAUGUUACUGCUUAGGGAAGCAGACGCCGUGCAACUGCUUGAUGUACAACAGAAGAGGACUAUUGCCUCCGUAAAAAUAUCAAAAUGCCGCUACGCGAUAUGGAAUUCCGACAUGUCUUUAGUGGCUUUGUUGGGCAAGCACACAGUGACGCUUUGUACUAAGAAACUGGAACAACUAUGUACGAUCACAGAGGGCGCUAGAGUCAAGUCUGGGGCUUUCGACGAUUCCACGCCACAACCCGUGUUCAUAUAUACCACGGCUAAUCAUAUCAAGUAUUGCUGUAAAGACGGUGACUACGGCAUCAUCCGUACGCUGGACGUGCCGGUGUACGCGGUGCGCGUGCUGGCGACGGAGGGCGCGGCGCGCGUCGUGUGCCUCGACCGCGACUGCAGGCCCAAGGUGCUCAACAUCGACCCCACCGAGUACAGGUUCAAGUUAGCGCUGGUGACCCGUCAGUACGACCAGGUGCUACACAUGGUGCGCACUGCCAAGCUGGUGGGGCAGAGCAUCAUCGCGUACCUACAGGAGAAAGGGUACCCGGAGGUGGCGCUCCACUUCGUGAAGGACCCCCGCACGCGGCUGGCGCUGGCGCUGCAGUGCGGGAACAUCGACGUGGCGCUGGAGGCCGCCAAGAGUCUCGACGAGCCCGCCGCAUGGGCCAAGCUGGCGCAGGCCGCGCUCGCCACUGGGAACCAUCAGAUUGUAGAAAUGUGCUACCAACGUACGAAGAACUUUGACAAGCUUUCCUUCCUGUACCUGAUCACUGGCAACCUGGACAAGUUGCGGAAAAUGAUGAAGAUCGCAGAGAUACGCAAGGACGUGUCUGCGCAGUUCCAGGGUGCAUUACUGCUCGGAGACACCAGGGAGACUAUCAGGCUACUGAAGAAUGCUGGACAGAUCUCUCUAGCCUACCUGACAGCAAUCAACCACAAACAGCUUGAAGAAGCUGAACAGCUGAAGGCUAUGUUGGAAGCAGCCAAUUUACCCAUCCCGGAACCGAACCCAGAUGCACAGCUACUAAGACCACCACUACCAGUGCAUAGCGCCCAACCUAAUUGGCCGUUAUUGGCAGUAUCGAAGAGUUUCUUCGAAGUAGCGGGCGGGGCGCGCGCGGGCGCCGACACUAGCGCGGUCACCGCCGCCGCAGUCACUGACGAGCCGCUGGAGGCCGCCGGCGCCUGGGGAGACGACGAGGACGUCUUGCAGGACGAUAAUAAGGGUGAAGGUGAUGACGGCGAGGAAGUGAUGGAAGACGCGUGUGAUGAUGGAGGCUGGGAUGUUGGGGACGAGGACCUGGAGCUGCCUGAGGAACUGGCACCUGUCUCUGCGGAUAUAGACGGCGGCGAGGAGAGCUCGGAUUACUUCGUGGCCCCAACCCGCGGCACCAGCGCCGCCCUGGCGGGAAAACUACGCACUGCACACGACCAUGUUGCCACCGGACAGUUCGAGAUAGCGCUCAGACUAUUAAACGAGCAAGUUGGCAUAGUGAACUUCGAGCCGUAUUUGGACAAGUUCGUGGGCAUGUACGGGCGCGCUCGGCUGACGUUCGGGGCGCUCGCCUCGCUGCCGCCGCUCCCUGCGGCACUGCAUCGCAACUGGAAGGAGGCUAGUGGACGGGAUCUACUGCCUGUUGUCACCACAAAACUAAACGACCUGGUGACACAGCUGCAGCAGUGCUACCAGCUGACGACGGCGGGCAAGUUCACGGACGCGGUGGAGCGCCUCCAGCACAUCGCGCGACACGUGCCGCUGCUACACGUCGACUCCAGGACCGACCUCGCGGAGGCGCAGCAACUACUCAACAUCGCCAGGGAGUACUUGCUUGGCUUGCAGAUGGAAACGGCUAGGAAAGCCAUGCCGAAGAACACGUUAGAAGAACAGAAGCGCACAUGCGAGAUGGCGGCGUACUUCACCCACUGCAAGCUGCAGCCCGUCCACCAGAUCCUGACUCUGCGGACAGCUCUCAACAUGUUCUUCAAACUCAAGAACUACAGGACAGCCGCGUCCUUCGCCCGGAGACUGCUAGAACUCGGCCCGCGGCCUGAAGUCGCCCAACAAGCCAGAAAAAUCCUACAAGCUUGCGAAAAAUCUCUCACUGAUGAACACCAACUCUUGUACGACGAACAUAAUCCCUUCAACAUAUGUGGUAUAAGUUACAAGCCCAUCUAUAGAGGCAAGCCUGAGGAGAAGUGCUCUCUAUGCGGUGCCAGCUUCCUCCCAGAACACAAAGGCAAGCUCUGUCCUGUUUGCGGUGUCGCGGAAAUAGGCAAAGACGUAAUCGGACUCAGAAUCUGCCCCCUACAGUUCCAGAGAUAA